GGAAAUGCAAUUAUUUUGAUAAUUGAUUAAAUUAUAUAAAUAUACAAUUUCCUUAGUCAUGACAGUGAGAGAUGCAUUUACCAUUUAUUUAUGCUACUAGUACUGAUAUUCAAACAAUUAAUAUACUUGAUGUAUAUAUAUACUUGACCUGCAACUACUGAUUAUUAUAUAAUGGUUUUCCUUGAAAUUUACAAGUCACAUUAAUGUGGAAUAUCCACUUAUAAGUUCCUUCCUCCUCUUACUUAUAUAUAUAGGUACUAAUUCAGAUAAGGAAGAAAAGUUUGUGUAUAUUCCACCAGAAAAAUUAUGUAUCCACCAGUAAAUGAAACAGAUGGAUAUGCAGCUCAUAGUCAUAAUAGCCAUCCACCUCAAGGGUAUGUCCUUCAAAUGCCAAGUUAUGGUAUGCCACAACCUUAUGCUCCUCCUCCAUAUGUGAUCGGCACCAGUUCUAGAGUCAUCCCUAGGACACAUCACUGGUCUACUGGUCUUUGCCGUUGUCUCGAUGAUCCUGGAAUCUGUUUGGUUACUUGUUUCUGCCCUUGUGUUACUUUUGGAUUGAUAGCAGAGAUAGUAGAUAAAGGCAAUUCAACUUGCACUUGUGAUGGAACAAUUUAUGGGGCACUAUUGGCUGUGACAGGACUUGCAUGUUUAUAUUCAUGUUAUUAUCGGUCCAAACUAAGGGCACAAUAUGACUUGCCAGAGGCACCUUGUAUGGAUUGCUUAGUUCAUUUUUGUUGUGAAACUUGUGCUCUUUGUCAGGAAUAUAGAGAGCUCAAAAACCGUGGAUAUGACAUGAGCAUAGGGUGGGAAGCUAACAUGGAAAGACAAGGGCAAGGGCAAGGAUCAGUUCCAAUGGCACCACCUAUGAUUUCACCAGCUAUGACAAGAUGAAAUUUACUCUCUUUAGGAGCUAGCUCUUUUCACUAGUCAUGGGAACUGUUAGUGUUGUUUCAACUUCUUGAUUUGUAUUUAUUCUAUUUGGUGCUUGGUUUGAGUGGUUUUUGUUACUAUUUUAAAGAAUGAAUUUUUGGCUUAACU